CGACAGACACACGCGCGCCUUGAUCUCAUCUUCAUGAUGUGUGUAGAUGUGAAAAAAAGUGAUGGAGCAGACGUUGAAACAGUUAAGAAAAACGAUGAAGAUAAUAAUAAAGAUGGAGAAGACAAAAAAGAUAAAUUGUACGUGGCGAUCGGAGAAAUGGGACUGUGGCAAGGCCUGUUAAUUUUCUCUUUGGCUGUGCCCUGCAAAAUUUCAGCGGCUUGGCAAAUGACGGCAAUAAUAUUUUUGGCGCCGAAGACACAAUACAGGUGUUUGAUGAGACUGAAUUCCACUGAAGAUAUAGUAAUAAACGAAUGUUACAGCGAUUGCGUCGAAUACUCGUAUAUUACGAAUUUCGAUGGUUCGAUCAUUACUGAGUUUGGUUUGAUUUGCGAUAAAGCGUGGUUAGCGAAUUUGGCACAGACGAUGUUUAUGUUUGGUGUGCUAGUGGGGAGCAUGUCUUUUGGAUUCAUUGCCGACAGAUAUGGCAGAAGGAAAGCUCUACUCAUCGCCGCUCUGAUGCAGUUAGUUCUCAGUUUAGUGGUAUCAUUAAGUCCUGAGUUCUGGACCCUCAUCAUCAUUAGAUUCUUACUGGGAACCUGCUCCGCAGGUCUCAUGGUGGUCUCCUUCGUUAUCAUGAUCGAAAUCACUGGACCCAAAUGGAGAGAGUUAACGAGUGCUUUAUUCCAUAUCCCAUCGGCCAUAGGAGAGAUGGUGAUGCCAGCCUUUGCAUAUUAUUUGAGGUCGUGGACGGCGUUUUCUAUCGGUGUGGGCGUGCCGAAUGUAAUUUUCCUUCUGUUCUUUCUCAUCCCCGAAUCACCAAGAUGGCUCAUUUCGGUGGGAAAGUUGGAGGAAGCUAGUAAGGUUAUGGAGCGUGCUGCAAAACGGAACAAAAUGGCCCCGAUGAACUAUUUAGAAGUAGCUCAGACCAUUGCAGAAGAAUCAAAGAUUGCCUCCACAAAAGAAAAACAGUCCACAGUAUCAUACAUAGACCUGCUGACACACCCCAGUCUUCGAGUGAAGAAUCUGCUGUGCUGUGUCGCCUGGUUCGUCAUGGGGAUAGUCUACUAUGGAGGCAAGCAGUAUAUUGGGCAGACUGGUUCCAAUGUAUUUAUUUUGAUGGCCUUAGCCGGAGCAUUGCAGGUACCAGGCCAGCUCAUAUCGGGAUACUUGCUGAAGCGCAUGGGUCGCCGUAAGUCUGCUAUCGGGUUCUUGUUCAUCUGCGGCGUGUGCAACGGUCUCCUGGCGAUGCCAGACGACUGGUUCUACUUGAAGAUUGUGACUGGCACGGUGGCCGUCAGUGCAGCGGCGGGCGCAUUUACCAUAAUUUACACAUUCACAUCGGAGCUGUUCCCGACGGUAGCCCGCAACAUGGCGGUCGGCGCUUCCUCCACCACCUCAAGACUUGGCUCCAUGCUGGCGCCCUUCGUCGCUGGGAUGGCACAGGGCGCGUGGGUCCCACCGCUGGUCUUCGCGACCGCCCCACUACUGGCCAUAGUGGCCUGCUGCUGCUUACCCGAGACUAAGGGGAGGAAGCUGGCAGAUUCGAUAGACUUGGAUGUUAAAUAGUAAA